AUGAGGGCCCCAGCAGUCCCGAACUUUCCGAACCCCCACCCCGGGGUCACGGGUUUCGCCUCCUCUCAGCCCCAGGCAACGUCGUCUCAGACAGGAUACGAGGCUGCUAGCCCCGUCCCAGUUCCUUCCCCGCCCCCGGAAAAAGCGGCGGAGGGGCGGGGAGCGGUGCGCGCGGAUACGGCGGGGGCGCGCGUCCCCGCGCCCCGGGUCCGCGCAGCAGGUGCGGCCAGGCCCCACCUCCCCUGCAAGGACCCGGCUACUCACCCCAACGAUGUUCCUCUGCGACCUAGCAGCCGGCACAGACGCCUCUUCCGCCCGCUCCGCACCCCCCUCUUCGCCACCGCCCCCUUCGCCGCUGCCGUGGCCGCCGUCCUCGCCGCCGCCCCGGCUGCCGCGGCGCGCGUCCGCUUUCACGCACUCAGCCGUGGCCGCGCACGCGCCACUGCGCGGUGGCGUCACUUAGCAACCGGUCGACCGCGGGCUGCUGGGUCCCGGGGUGCAGGCCUCGAAAGUCGCCUGAGGCGGCCUUGGCGGCUUUUCCGCACUGGCUCUACCCGCUGCCCCUCCAGAGCAGGGGGCCCCAGGGUGUGGCUGCCCUGCCGGCACCUGGCUCCGGGUGCUACUCCAGUGUGGUGGUUCUCACAGUGUGGUCCUGGACCAGCGGCAUCAGCAUCACUUAAGAACUUGUUGGAAAUGCAAGUUUCUGCUAAAUCAGAAACUCUGAAACGGAGAUCUUCUGAAUCAUGCCUGCUGAAUCAGAAACUCCUGGGGUGAGGCCCAGGAAUCUGUGUUUUAACAAGCCCUUCCUGUGAUUUUUUUUUUUUUUUUU